ACUAAAAAUCAAUCGACGAAAGAGAAGAGAGAAGCAGCAAUGGGGAGAAAGAAGGGAUUGCCGGAGUUCGAAGAGACGGCGCCGGAUGGAUUUGAUCCGGAGAAUCCGUACAAGGAUCCGGUGGCGAUGGUGGAGAUGAGAGAGCACAUCGUUAGGGAGAAGUGGAUCCAAAUAGAGAAGGCUAAGAUCUUGAGGGAGAAGGUGAAAUGGUGUUACCGCGUGGAAGGCGUCAACCACUACCAGAAAUGCCGUCUUCUCGUACAGCAGUAUCUCGACUCCACUCGCGGCGUCGGCUGGGGAAAAGACCACCGUCCUAUCUCCCUCCACGGUCCCAAGCCUGUGGCUGUUGAUGCUGAAUAAUAACGCUUUGCGUCUGAUCAAUUUGAGGCGAGGAACUAGUUCAGGGUUAUGCUUCAUGUUUCUACAACAAGCAUUGGUUUUUUUAUUACAUAUGUUCAAUAAACUUAAAGAAUAUUGUAAGAAAGAUUUGGGCUCUAGAUUGGUUUGAAAUGAUAAUGGUGUGAUGCUUUAUGGUUUA